AAUCGAUUGAUUUCAUUAUUAUUUGUUGUUUGACUUGAAAGUUUCAGGAAAAGAAACUCCCAAAGAAAUAUUUAAAAUCGAAAAACAAUAUGAGUAGAAAGAUUCAAGAAUUUAAAUCAAUUAAAACAAUGCCUUCACCGAUUUCGUUACAUGAACCUUGCACGCGAAAAAAUCAUUUGUUGCAAGAAUUUUAUGACGAAAUAGAUUCGACACCCGAAAAAGGUGAGGUUGGUUCGGAAUUCAUUCUAUAUUACAUGAUAGGCGCUACUAUUGUGAGACCGAUGGGAAUAUUUUCCGGUCAAAUUAAUCGAAAAUAUUCUGAAAUAAAUCAAUAUGUUCUUCGUCGAAGUAAUGGACAGCUUGCAUGGCUUCCAUAUCAAUCAUCCAAUCCUGCACUCAAAGCUGAUUACCUAUACAUCACGGAACAUGCAACUGCAAGAUCACGGCUGUUCAAUUUAUUAGUAAUACCAGAAAAUGGACCAAAAAAUCCAGAAGUUUUUGUUUAUGGUGAGAUGUUUGCCGGUUUUUCAUUUGAAGCUCCUGGUAGCUUAGAACUAAAAGGUCAUAUAUUUAUGACUCAUAUGUAUCCGGAACCUAAUGUUUGUGCGGUUGAAGAUCAAUUAGAAUCGGACAUUAUCAUUGAAAUUACGGCUGGAACAAUUAUCGUAUUUAUUUGUGAUGAUAAAGAUAUUGUCAUUUUACCUGGAGAUGAUUGUAAAAUGAGAUUUUCGGCUGAAAAUGAGCAAGUUUUGGACCAAUUCCAAAAAACUCAAAAACCUUUCUCGAGAGUACUAUCACCACCUGUAAUUUAUGGCCAAAAUGAGUCUAACAAAAUAGCAGAACAAAAAAAAUCACCAAAAGAGGACGAUAAUAGUACAAAAACAAAACACGAUUCACUCUCUGAAUUGUUGAAGUUAAUUGAUCAACAAAAAACUGAAAAAACAAGUCCUGCAGAAAUUCGAUUGAAAGGUGAAAUGGGAAAAAAGCCUGAUGAUUGUGUCGCAUCGAAAAAACAAUCAAUUUUAUCGCCACAAAUUCCAGAAGAUUUUCAGCGACCCUUAGAAAGUCCACCCCAAGUGAUAGUUGAAGAAACGGGAGAGUUAAACCCAAGUAACGAAAGCAGUAAGAAAAAGCGUAAACGUAAGAAAUCAUUAAAAUUGAAUCAAAUUCCUAUCAAAGAUAUUGAUAUUUCGACAAAACCGAAUCGUAAAACAUAUAUGGAUUCAUCUCCAUCGGAUAAUAAGGCUGAAGAUAAAAUUCCUAAACAACACAUAUCACCAUUGGAACAUUUAAAAUCUAAAUCGUUGAUCCAACAAACGGAAGAGCCUAGUAUAUUGUCUUCAAAUAAAUCUGGAUCGUUAAUACAAAUCAGAGAUGAUAACCAAAAAAAUAAAUCAUUAACAUUUAAAGAAACUGAAUCUGUUGGAAGUUUCUCACCACUAUUAUCAUCGCCAAGCAAAUCUAAAAAAUCUAAAGAUAAAAGUGAACGAAGAAAUGGUGAUGAUAAAAAAAAAUCACGAUCCAAAGAUAAAUUGUCCUCGUCGAAAUCGAAUUUAAGAAAACGUAGCAAAGUAUCAGCACGAAGGCGAAGGCGUCAUCGUUCUCGUGAUUCAGUGGUAAAAAUGACAAGAUCGAAAUUGGCCGAUUCGAUGCUACAAUCACGAUCAUUGGCAACUAAUUCUUCAUCAUUUUCUCCGAUCAAUUCGGAUCUAUUGAAACGUGUGGCAAAAAAUGUAUCGAUUGGAAGAAAAGGAAGUAAAUUACGUCAAUCACCAUUAGAAAAAGUUAACAGUGAAAGUCGAAAGAAAAAAUCACCCGAUUCAUCAUCAAUCGGACAGAAAUGUAAAUCUAUAAGAACAAUGAAAAAUUCAUUCGAAUCUAGGCUAUCUGCUGUCCGUAAAGCACUUGAUUUUUUUCAAAGUGAUAGUAUAUCCAUAAGAAAAUUGCGACGAACAAUUCAAAAAACAGUCGAUUUGGGUAUGAAAUUAUCCGAACGAACAUUGCAAGAAAAUUGUUUAGAUCCAAACAUCAAUCUUAAAUUAGACUCUUAUCUACGAUUAUUACGAGAAAAAGUUAAUCAUCUGGAAAAUGUAGAUGAUGAAUCCAAUACAAAACAACAACAAAUCGAAAUUUUAUCAUCAAUUUUUGAUUGUGUACAUAACAUUCAGGACAUAGUUCAAAAGAUAGAACCAAGAAGUUCUAAUUCACUAUCACCAUCAACUACAUCGUAAAGAAAUUAUUUUUUUAAAUAAAAAUUUUUCAAUUAACCAUUUCAAAAAUAUUAGUUAGUCUAGGUCAGAUUAUGCUUGCCUGUUGUGAUUAGUGAUAAUUAUGAUUAUGAUGAUUAACGAAUAAAACGGGAAUA